GACUAAUGUAAUGUUAUCCUAACCCCGUAUAGACGGAUUACUUUACUAUUAGCACAAGAUAAAAGGGAUUACUGGAACUGAGAACCCUCAAGUGAGAUCUACGACACAAAAUGGCGCCGCGGAUUUUAUUUCUUAUGGGAAUGUUACUUGUGUCAAUUCAAAUAGGCCAGUGUAAAUCUCAACCAAAGUCUUCUCAAAACCAACAUUUGGAUUUGAUGUUUGGGACUCAACGACAAAGGAACGUAGAUACAAUAGUACAACGAGGUGGGAGUAAUUCAAACCAACAUCGCUUAUCUCCUGAAAUACCACCGAUCUAUAAACCUGGUCUUCCUCGUGGCACAAAUGACCAUUCUUUAUUGGACAUCGUGCCCGUUAAAGAAAGACAAAGCACAAGAAAAGGCGCCGAAGAAUUCUGGGGAACUUGGUCGGAAUGGUCUUUAUGCUCCAGGUCGUGUGGAGGUGGAGUCGCAAUGAGAUCGAGGAGAUGCGAAUUGGGAUCGACAUCAAAAGAAAAAUCCUGCAGCGGGGCAAAAAUAGCAUACAUGCUGUGCAAUAUCAAGGCUUGUCCAGGUAAUGGUCGUUCGUUUCGUGAACUUCAAUGUGCAGAACACAACAACAAGCUCUUCAGGUUCAGGAAAUUCAAAUGGAUACCAUACACAAGUAAAGAUGACGGUAUAGAAACUUGUGAACUAUCGUGUGUUGCUACUCAGUAUCAUUUCUAUCAAUCGUUUGGAAUCGCACUGGACGGCACAAGAUGUGGAAGAGAUCAGAGAAACAUGUGCAUUGCAGGAGAAUGUGUGGAAAUUGGAUGCGACAUGAUCGUAGGAUCAACCAUGAGAGAAGAUGCUUGUGGAGUUUGUGGUGGAAACAACGGUACUUGUCUUCACAUUGAAAACGUUUUUAUUCAGCUGAAAGAAAACGCAGCUGGCGGAUUCAAUUAUAACGAAGUUGCAAGAAUUCCGAAAGGGGCAAGCCAUAUUAUUGUUAAUGAUUACAACGAAAAUUUCCUGGCACUCAUGGAAGCUGACGAUCAUUUUGAACGUUACAUAAUUAAUGGAAAUUGGGUUGUAAGCUGGCCAGGUGAUUUCCAAGCGGCUGGAACCACAGUCCAAUACGGAAGGAUCGGCGAGAAUGAAACCUUUACAAUCACUGGACCGACGACUAAAGAUUUGUAUAUCAUGAUCCUGUAUCUUCAACACCAACCAGAUAUCAAAUACGAAUAUUGGAUUCCGAAUUCACUUCUUUCUGAUUUAGGUGAAUUGAACGAAUUUAGUCAACGAUAUGAAUAUAUAGAUAACUAUUACGAUGCCAACUUUUAUCACGACAAUGCGGACUACGAGUUUGAUGUUGACGAAAAUAUCCCAGCAUCGUUACCAGAUGUUACCACAACUCUCGCUACUACUACAAGCACUAGAACUUCUACUGCAACCAGCACUACUACUACUACUACUACUGCUACUACUACUACACCAACUACUACAACUUUGCUUCCGACCACAACUAAAACCACUUUAGCGCCAAGAAAAUUGAUGGGUGGAAAAAUUAGGCCAAAAACAUCAAUCCAAAUCUCGGUUGUAUCAGACAAACCAGCUUACUGUAGUCCAUGCAAGAAACCGAGGAACAGGAAAAGACAUUACUGCAAUAGUGAUUUUGCAAUCCAUGCCAGAAUCAUAUCCAAGCGUCGCUUCAAUCAUGGUAAAAGUAUAAGAUUUGAUAUUGAAAUUAUAACAACGUACAAAAGCCAGUUCAAAUUGAUGAAAAGAGAGUACAUCUGGGUCCCAAGUACGUGUUGCCCCAAAUUGAGACCCCUUAGAAAUUAUCUUCUGAUGGGGAGAAAAAUUAAAGUCGAUAUCACAAACGAAGGACGAAAGAAGCGAAAGAGCAAAGAGCGUGAACCCGAAGUAGGUCGAAGAUUUGAAACACGGUUAAUAGUUUCGUAUACCGACUACUGGGCAAGAUGGAAGAAAUCUUAUGAAGGAAGUAUGAAAAAGAUAUCGAAUAAAAUGAAUUGUGGAAAAUACCUUGCUAGACAUUGAAGAGAGAAAGAGAAAAAUUCUCUGUUUUUGAAAGUUUAAAACACGAUGGGGAUGUAUGUAUGUUUUACAUAAAAAAAAACGAAGAAAAACAAUGUGAUAACAUGUACGGAACGUUCGACUUAUAUGGUGUAGGUUAAAAAUUGUACUUGGACACGUAUGCACCAAAGAUGCACAGCCUGCGUUUGUCUGUGUUUAAACAAUAUUUAAUUUUCAGCGGGCAAAGUCUCAAUUCAAAGUAAAAUUAAAAUCUUGAGAUUUGGAGGAAAAUCUUGACUCAUGUUUGAGCUAUCUCCAAGAACGGUUACAUGCACUAAUCAGGCUUUUUGGCCCUGUUGAUAGGUGCACUGAACUCCCUCGAAAGAUAUUUGGAACGUGUUUUUGAUAGUUGUCAUCACAUAUUUUUAAUACAUAAAACCCAUACUGUAAUAUAAUUUUGAAUGAACCGAAAACUCCAUUACAUUGAUAUAACUUGAUAGUUUUCUGGAAUAUUACUUAUAUUUAUUAGAUAGCCAUAAUUCCUAUACCUUAUUUUCUUUAAUUUGGUAACCGACAGUGGUAAAGCUUAUCAUGACUUUCAUUCAGGGAUUCAUGACAUGCUACAGUGGUGUGAAAACUGGCACUGCCAAACUUCAUUGUAUUUUAAAAUACUUUACGUUAUUUCUGUAUUCACGCCAAUUUUUGUUUUUUUAUUGUUUUUCUUUUUUCGUUUAUUUUCUAUAUUCAAUGCCAUAUUUCUACGUUGAAGCCGCGAAUGCAAAAGUGAAUAUGAAUUAAAUGAUAUGAAAACUAUAUAAAACACUCAAUUUCAGAAACAAUAAAUUUUUGAAAAAUGAGGACAAUGUUGGAACAAGAUUGAAUCUGCCUACUUGGGCGACAAACCCCGGUUUUAACUUAAACUGCAAUUUACAAUUCGGAUCUCUACAAUAGGCCAAAAAAUAGUUCAAUAAUUUGAAUACCGUUAAUUAUGGUCGGUUUGGUUUGCCUAUUUCCUUAUCAAAUGAUUUAUUUGCAGCAAAAGUUGUAGUACAAUACAUACUCAAAACCUUUACUCCGGGCUUAUAAUCAUAUUAGGAAUAAUUUGUGUAACACGAUUAUUAUCAACGAAGGCAGCGCAUUAUCACAAUACUUUUGAAAUCAUUUGAAGCCGUAUACUAAAUACACUCAUAACCUUAAACUUAGAAUUGAUAACAAAGCCGUUUAUACGUUUGUUCUCACCGGGGAAAAACUCUGGGCAUUCAUUUUAAUGUUGUCUAUUUCAACAAAGUAAAUGUGAAAUCUACAAUUUUUCAGCGAUGUUUGCAAAAGGUUUUAUCGUCUUUUAUCACUGUGAUAUGUUUUGUAUUAUUUGCCAUUACUUUAACCCAUUCAAUACAUUUUCAUACAACUGA